GUUCCGUGGGGUAGAGCUUCCCUGGGCUCCCUCGAGCUGGACUAUUUAUCAUGGCAGCAGCUGGAGAUAAGCUGGACACAAAGAGGAUUUGUGUCUCCACGGGUCGGGCCCUAGAUACGAACGUGGAGGAAUUUUCUCAUUAGUGUGGGAAAGAAAAGCAUACGAAAGGCACAUUUCACACCUGAAUGACUGCAGAAGUUGAUCCUGAAGCCAUCCAACGGGAGAGGUCGCCCAAAGAAUAGUCACUGGACUUACGCUUAAAGGAAGAAGUUGCUAUUACCCCAUCCAUCCUUCGAGAGGGAUAACCUCCCUGGCGAGUAGAAUCAUGUGGCCUUUUGUGAUGUCAGCUGAGCUCAGAAUGUUUAUUGCCUGGACAACCCAACCAGCCUCCUGGAAGCAGGCGUGUGUGACCUCCAUACACUUCAGUAGUCAGAAUAUGGAGAACUUCUCACUCCUCAGCAUUUCUGGACCUCGAAUCUCUUCCUCUGCUCUGAGCACUUUUCCUGAUAUCACGCCCUCACGUGCCACCAGCUUGCCAGGCAUUGCAAAGACUGUGUCUCCUACUGAGGCGUCCAGCCCAGCUCAGGCCCUGCCACCCCAGUACCAAAGCGGCGCUCUCCGGCAUGGGGUGCACAACACGGUGCUCUCAGCAGGCUGCAUCUCGGGGGACCCCCCAAACAGAGAGAAGCUGAGGAGGAAUUGCACCAUCUACCGGCCCUGGUUCUCCCCUUACAGCUACUUUGUAUGCAAGGACAGAGAGAGCCACCUGGAGACCUACAGCUUCCCAGAGGUGCAGCGGGACGAGGGCAGGGGGGACAGCUGCCUCCCAGAGGACACGGCUGAGAGCAUCUGCUCAUCCUCCUCCUCCCCAGAGAACACCUGCCCCCAAGAGGCCACCAAGAAAUCCAGACACGGCCUGGAUUCCACAGACUACAUCACAUCCCAGGACAUCCUAAUGGCCUCCAAGUGGUACCCGGCCCAGCAGAACGGCUACAAGUGUGCGGCCUGCUGCCGUAUGUACCCGACGCUGCACUCCCUCAAGAGCCACAUCAAGGGGGGCUACAAGGAGGGUUUCAGCUGCAAGGUGUACUAUCGCAAGCUCAAAACCCUCUGGGGCAAGGAGCAGAAGGGCCGGCCGGGAGACAGGCUUUCCUCAGGCAGCUGCCAGGCCUUCAAGUAGGCCUGCUGGGUGGCGGCAGCUGUCUUGUUAGCGGACAACGCUUUAGGUAAACAGGAGAUGAUGCCUAUUUAUGUCUCUACAGAGAGACCAAUAAACCAAA